UCGGCAUGGCCACCAGAAAGCCGUUCGCCAGCGGGUCGGAGAGCGACGAGCUGAGGACCUGCCCCGAGGCCACCAUGCAGAGGCCCAAAUUCGAUCUCCAGGGCGGCACCGGGCAGAAGCUGGAGCUGUCGUCCGCGGUCAAGGCCGUGCUCGGUCGAAUCGAGACCGCCCAGCUGACCCGGGUCAAAGAGAAUAUCGCCAGAGAAAUGUCUGACAUCCUAAGCAACGUCAACCGUGUGAUCGAGCGUUACAGAGACUACUCAGGCCUAGAUUUUCUGACCAGAAAGGAGUUGUCCAGCUUCGUCACGGACAGGAAGAAACAGAAGACCUUUUUAAUACAGAAGAUUGGCUUCGUUGCCCAGGACAUGGCGACCAAAAACGAGGUCUUGCAGGAUAUUUACGAAUGGCUGGUGGAGUGGAAUAUCAUUUUGUCAGAGGAAACCAAAGAGGCCCUGGGAGAGGACGAGCAAGAUUGGGUGGAAGCCAUGGAGAAGACGCUGCCUCUCUCCCUCACAGCCACGCAGGGCAGUGUCAGCUCCCUCAGCUCCUUCUGCUCCUACUUAUUAGCGGAACAUAAAAGGACGAAAAAGAAACUCAUAACCAAGGGAAAGCUGUGGAAAACCUGGAAGGAGAAGGCUCUCCGACGUAAAUCCGCCUCGGCAAUUCAACCCCUGAACCCGGGCCAGAUGGUCAAAGACGAGAAGAUGUUGAACAAGAGGGUCGUGGAAGUCCAGGGGAUGCUGCAGGAGCUGGUGGGGUCCUCCAUGUUCAAUAAAACCGAGGUCCACGCCAUCCUGUACAUGUCCGCCACCGUGGGCAACCUGACCAAGGCCCUGGAGCUUCAGAAGCGGGAGAUGGCCAGCCUGCAGACCCAGCACGCCACCUUGGAAGCGGAAAUGGCCGAGAACCACAGGAUCCAGAUCCUGUCUUUCCAGCAGGCGACCAAAGCCCUCCUCCAGAAUAAAGGAGCCCUCGAGAAGCAGGUCCAGAACAUGGAGGAAAAAUACAGGCAGGCCCUCCGGGCCAAAGAUGCCGUCCGGCACCAAUUGCCGGCUGCGGCCAUCGAAGCCGCCUUGUCGGAAGAUGGGGAGAAGUGGUCCAAGACCAAGGGCUCUCUGAAACUCCAUCCCGGGACUCCCAGAGGCGUCGAGGAGGAGGUGGAGAAGAAGGGAAGACCCAGGAAGGCGACACCGAGAGCCCCAAAGAGAUCUGACCGAGGCGCGGAAGGGGGACGGGAGGCAGAACGUCCGGCCGAGGAGGAGUUGAGGCCAGCUUUCCCAGAACCUCCCAGUGACCAAAGGAUGGGAGGGAUCGCUCUUCCUCCGGCGAGCCCGCCGAGUGACCUGAAGGAAGCGGGGGCCCAUCCCGAGGAGCCGGGGGUCUCUGAGGGACAAGGCAGGGGUCCGAGGGAGACACGGGCCGGGGACGAGGGGGACGAAAAGCAACCUUCCCUGGACACGCUCUCUGAUAAGGCUCGGGUCUCAGAGGAGACAGAAGUCACGUCAUCUCAGGCGGCCCUCUCCGGGGAGGCCGAGACAGAGCCGGGUUCCAACGUCCCCAGCGUGAGGGACGAGGAUGAGAGCGAGAGGCCCGGGGCCUCUUGGGAUUCAGACCUCGGAAGCCGAGACUGGGAAGACUUCGAGGCCAACCUGGCUGACUUCGGCUACGAGGUCCUGGCGGGGCCAUGGAGAGGCCCCGGACCCCCGGGGGACACGGCCCCUUCCUCCGAGGGCACCAGGGAAGACUCGAGCGUGGCCAGCUUCGAGAGCCUUGAGAGACCCCCCAAGCCCCGGGACCCAAGGGGAAAGGGCAAGAAGCAGAAGGGGGCCCCGCCCAAGGCCAAAGCGAAGCCAGGGAAGGACCAGGGAAGCCCAGCCGGCCUCGCCGAGCUGGGCGUCCUGACGGAUUUCCAGCAGGCCUUGAUGGCUUUCAUCCAGAGGAAAAUCGAAGAGCUGGGAAAGGCCGAGGAGCUGGAAAAGCCUGGGGAGCAGGAGGGCUGGACGGAGAGCGGCGUCCUGCCCAGGAACCCUGAGGCCCGGAAGCUCUUUGAGGUCACCAAGAGCAAGAUGGAGGAAUAUUUCCAGAAAGUCAUGGAACUGUUGGUGGCCGCCAUGAAGCAGCCGCAGUCGGGCCGGCAGGCCGGCCGGGCCAGAGAGAAGCGUGGGGGCACUGAGAGGAUCCCACCCGCCCAGCGGGGAACGGGGAGGCUGAGGAAAGGACCCCCCGGCCCCUCCCCGGGACCCCCUGGGGCAGACGAGAUGGAUCCAUGGGUGGCCACAGUGUUCCGGGUGCUCCAGAGGGCGGCUGGAAGGCCGGCGGACUUUCCGCUCCCCUGGGAGGCGGAGGAGGGCGGGAAGCCAGAUGAGAGCCAGCCGAGGCCGCCGUGGCGGGAGCCAAGGGGGCCGGGAGGGAAGCCGGAGAUCCCCGGGGCCAAGCGUGGGGAGAAAAGGCCCGCGGGCAAGGCCCUGGGGCGGUGGCAGCAGCAGAAGGGCCAGCUGGCGCAGCAGGCGGAGCUAGGGCAGAGAGAGUGGGGCGGCCUGGAACCCAUGAAGGAGAGGGCCAAGGAGGAGGAUGACGACUGGAAGACGGAGGAGGAGGAGGAGGAGGAGGAACUGAAGGACGAGAUGAUCCUGGAGGAGAAAGAGGAGGAGGAGGAGGACUAUCUCUCCAUGAGGUUCCUUCCCCAGCUGGCCCACAGCCGCCUGCCGUCGAUGCUUCUGUCAACCUCGUUGACCACCCAGAAGCAAGGCGUCGGUAGGGGCCUCAGCCGGGCCGGCCGGCUCCGGAGAUCCUCCCGUCCCCAGCUGUCCCAGGGCUCCGCGGCGAAGCCCCUCAGGAAACUCAUGCUUCUGAACCAAAAAGCCCACGCGCUGCUCCCGUCCCCCACCACGAAGAAGGGCCAGGGGCAAUCGUACCUCAGCCUGGCCACAUCCUUAGGGCUGCAGGCCCUCUCCUCGGCCACCAAAUCCCAGGCCCAGGCGGUCCCCCUCCCCUCCGACAGACUCGGCAAGGAGCCUGACUCGGCCGUCUCCGAGAAGCCCCGGGUCGCGGACAUCGUGGCCUUGGCCAAGGGACCCCAGAAACCGGAGCUCCCUCUCUUGUCUGAGCAGAUACAAAAGAUGUGGAGACCGUACGUCGCCAAGCCACCCCGGGAGGGGGCCCCGGCUCUGACCGCAGACCAACGUUGGGCCGCCGACUUCCCUGCCCUUGAUGGACAGGUCCGGGGAGCGAUCCCUCCCGCCACCACCAGUGACCUGCCCCUGGCCUUAGUUGGUCGGGUCCCCAAGGUGCAGCCCCAGACGUCGCUCCCUCCGGUCCCCACGGAGCCCCGGAUAUCGCUCCCUCCGGUUCCCGUGGAACCCCAGACGUCGCUCCCUCUGGCACCCACACAGGCCCAGAUAUCGUUCCCUACAGUCCCCGUGGACAGCCGGACGUCUGUCCCUCUGGUCCCCACAAAGCCCCAGACAUCGCUCCCGCCAGUUUCCAUGGAAGCCCGGACAUCGCUCCCUCCGGCCCCCACGGGGCCCCGGACUUCACUUCCUCCAGCCCCCACGGAGCCCCGGACUUCACUUCCUCUGACCCCCACGGGACCCCGGACAUCACUCCCUCCGGCCCCCACGGGACUCCGGACAUCACUCCCUCCGGCCCCCACGGGACUCCAGGCAUCACUUCCUCCAGCCUCCAUGGAGCCCCGGACUUCACUUCCUCCGGCCCCCAUGGGACCCCGGACUUCAUUUCCUCCGGCCCACCCGGGACCCCAGACAUCGCUCCCUCCGGCCCCUCCGGGACCCCAGGCAUCGCUUCCUCCAGCCUCCAUAGAGCCCCAGAUAUCACUUCCUCCGGCCCCCACGGGACCCCGGACAUCGCUCCCUCCGGCCCCCACGGGACCCCAGGCAUCGCUUCCUCUGGCCUCCAUGAAACCCCGGACUUCACUUCCUCCGGCCUCCAUGGGACCCUGGACUUCACUUCCUCCAGCUUCCAUAGAGCCCCGGACUUCACUUCCUCCGGCCUCCACGGAGCCCCGGACUUCACUUCCUCCGGCCUCCACGGGACUCCGGACAUCGCUCCCUCCGGCCCCCACAGGACCCCGAGCAUCACUUCCUCUGGCCCCUAAAGAGCCCCGGACUUCACUCCCUGCAACGGUUCUCACGGAGCCCCAGACACCACUUCCUCCGGCCUCCAUGAAACCCCGGACUUCACUCCCUGCGGCCCUUGUGGAGGCCCAGACUUGGCUCCGUCCGGCUCCCACGGAGCCCCGGGCAUCAGUUCCUCCGGCUCCUCUGGAUCCCCAGACAUCGCUCCCUCCAGCCCCCAUGGAACAGCCCCAGACCUGGCUUCCCACAGGCCCCCCACAGCCCCGGACCCCUCUCCUUCCGGCCCCCCAGGCAUCGCUCCCUACAGCCCCCUCGGUGCCAGCUGCCCCAACACUGUGGCCCUGGCAGGUGCCCAGCCUUGCCCCCGCUGACUCUCGCUUGGUCAGUCCUGCCCCUUCCCGGCCGCCCCGGGCGGUGGCCGCUCCCAAGAAGCCAUGGCUGCUGUCCCUGCCGGGCUUUCCCACACCACUCCGGACAGCGGACACCCCGGUCAUCACAAAGCACCCCCAGAAAUUGGUGGCUUCGAUCCCCGCUGGCCGGCCCGGGCCCUCCCCCGGCCCUGCCCACCCGGGGUGGCCGAGGCCAUCGGAUCAUCCCGCUCCAGCGGGGUCGUCCCAGGAGUGGGUUCGGGCCGGCCCGGUCCGGCCGCCCUGGGGAGCGGUCUCUCCUGCUGCCGCCAAGCAGCCCCAGAAACUGGUCACUCUCACCCCCACACUGCGGCGCCUACAACUGGCCCCUCCGGUCACCAUCAAGAGGCCCCAGACAUUAGUUCCUCCUGCUCCCAGUGACGGGUCCUGGACGUUGGCCGAUCGCGUGCCUCCUGGGCAGUCCCAGGCACCGGCCAUUCCAGUCCCCACUGGGCCGCCGCAGGUGUCGGCCCCCCUUGUACCCAGUGACAAGUCAUGGACACUGGCCACUCCAGCCCCCAGUGACCAGUCCUCUACCACAGCUCCUCAGGCCCCUGCAGACACCCCCGGGCCGGGCCAUUUGCGGGCAUCCUCUAGCGCGGCUGAGAAGCCCAAGGCCCUGCCGGCCUCGCCCCCGGACGGGACCCAAUACUGGGUGGACGUGGAGGCCCAGCGCUCGAACCUGGUGCUUCUGAGUCAGCCCAGGGUCAACGCGGAGCUGCCGCGGCCUGCCUGGGUCCUGGCCAACGACCUCAUCGUGGAGACCCUGCGCACCGACGAAGCCCGGCUCGUCCACCUCUGCAGGAAGUACAUCGCCUACCGGACAAUCCAGGGCGUCAGGCAAAACCUCGGCUGCCGGAUACAGAUCCUGAAGGAUUCCGGGAGAGGACCGGAGGCUCGGACCCUCUACGUGUUCUUGGAGAGACUGGAUUCCUACCAGAAAAAGGUGUUGCAGGCUUGGACCAGUAAGCAGAAGACUUUGGAGCAAGCGAGAAGCCAAUAUCUACGCAAGAUGGUAUCUUUGUUCCACCAGCUCCGCCGAGAAUACGACCUGAACCUCCACAGCCCGAUGCCCUUGGUGGGUCGUCCAGAAAAGAAACAGCCCAGGGCCCGGCCUUCCCCGAGCCACAGGGUCACAGCUCCCGCUUCCCGGCCGUCUCCGGCGGGACCGAAAGCGGGAAGGAAGGAGUCCGACCACCUGCCCAGAUUCAGUGUUCCCAGGGAGACCGGGAUGGAGUCGCUCUUGCAGCAGGGGCUGACCACGAGCAGGCACCUGAGAGCGGAGGAGAUCCUGGAGGCCUCAGACUGGUCCCAGCUGGGCGGCUACCCCGCCAUCCCGAAGCUGCUGGAGCUGGACGUGCACGCCACGCUCCGGAAAUCCAUGGCGUCCAUCCGGGAGCGGUUUAAGAAUCUCCCGCAGCCGAGAGCGAAGAAGAAAUAAACUCGGCCCCUGGGUGGGCGUCUCAGACCCAGGCCUGUUCUCAAUCAAAUGAACGACGAUGAUGAUGAUGGUGGUAUUUGUUGAGCGCUUACUACGCGCCAAGCACUGUGAA